AUAUAAGGUAGGGAGUGGAUUGAAACGAGAACGAUAUUAACCAUUGGAUCUCGGUGUCUUUACAAUUCAACGAACACUGCAUUCCGCGACUGUCUAGCAAGAAGAUGUCGAAGUUUUUGCUAUCUGCUUUCUCCUGUUUGGACUUCGUUACGGGAGUAAUUAGCAUCAUUGUUCAGUCGGUAAUCAUAGCCAAUCACGAUGACUGUGCUUACUCGAAGAUGGGAGUCGGCAUCUGGAAUGGACUAUUACUCAUAAUGACCGGCAUAUCACUUCUGGUGACCGCUACUCGUCCAAAGGGGAAAACCGGAGACUGGACGCUUGUUGUUUGCGCUAUGACUCUGAUGGCCUCACUGGUGCAGGUCGGAGUCGCUUCUGGAGUUAUUUACCAAUUAUACGGCUUGCAGUAUUUUGAACACGGGCCAUUUACCAAGCCGUUGAAUGGCAUUCUGGACAAAUUCAAACCCGACAACAUACCCGAUCAGAAACAGGUGUUAACGUCCGAUUUCCCCGACUCAUUUCUCGGAUUUGUCAACCAGGUUGGCGGGAACUUGGUUUCAAAUACAGCCAGGUAUGGUACAGUACGAGCAUGCUACGGCCUCUUCUCAAUCGACGACUAUUACGGUUCCCAACGGAAGACGUUGGAGGUUAUAUUGCUGGGCUGCGGUCUUAUCGCAAUCGUGGUUAAAAUAGCUUCAUUCCUAUCAUUACGGGUCAAACGACUUGCCGUAUCUGCCUCGAUCCAGUACACACAACAAACCGCGACGCAUUAAAAUUCAUCGUUAUGUAAAAUUUCCGAAAAUGUCUUACUUUUCUUACGCCAACCUUAAGAAACAACAGAAAGUUUCAAUUUCUUUUUUUGUUCAAAUAAAUGACACCAUUUCUUUUUUGUUCCUACAAUGUAUCGAAUCAAUAUACAGCAAAAUGUCUAUCA